AUGGGAGACAACCAGUCAUGGGUCCCAGAAUUUAUCUUGUUGGGAUUCCAGCUCAGUGCAGAAAUAGAAGUGCUCCUCUUCUGUAUCUUCUGCCUGCUGUAUGUCUCCAACCUGCUGGCCAACGGCAUGAUCUUGGGGCUCAUCUGGUUGGACGUCAGGCUGCACACCCCCAUGUACUUCUUCCUUUCGCAUCUGGCCAUCAUUGACAUAUCCUAUGCUUCGAGCAGCUUGCCUAAUAUAAUGGAGAACCUAGUGAAACACAAAAAAACGAUCUCCUUUGUCUCAUGUAUUAUGCAAAUGAUUUUGUAUUCUUCACUUGCUAUUAUAGAGUGUGCAAUUUUGAUGGUGAUGUCCUAUGACAGGUAUGUGGCCAUCUGCCAUCCUCUCCAGUACACUGUCAUCAUGAACUGGAGGUUUUGCACGGUCCUGGCCAGCAUUUCCUGGGCAUACGGAUUUACCUUAGCUCUAACAAAUAUAAUUCUCUAUCUACGAUUGCCCUACUGUGGGGUCCAGAAGGUAAACCACCUCUUCUGUGAAAUUGUAGCUGUCUUAAGAGUGGCCUGUGGAGAAACAUGGCUUAAUAAACUUAUUGUCCUUGCUGCCUGUGUAUUUAUCCUGUUUGGGCCCCUGUCCUUGAUGCUGUUCUCCUACAUGCGCAUCCUCUUGGCCAUCCUGAAGAUCAACUCAAAGGAAGGUCGCAGAAAAGCCUUCUCCACCUGCUCCUCCCACCUCUGUGUGGUUGGGUUCUACUUUGGCAUUGCCAUGAUGAUGUACUUGGUUCCCGACAAUGGUCAUCGAGAUGAGCAGAAGAAAGUCCUUUCCCUGUUUUAUACCCUCUUUAACCCACUGCUGAACCCCCUUGUCUACAGUCUGAGGAAUGCUCAAAUGAAGGCUGCUUUCAAGAAAGCUGUGCAGAAAAGGGGGUCAAUGUAA